AUGCCUCCCCUCGGGAGUGGGAGCCCAGUCUCCAGGGCAGCUGCGGUGGCGGCAGCUCGCGCGCCCUCCUUCCUUCCUCCCUCCCGUCCCCUCCUCUCCAGCCCCUUCCCGUCCCCUCCCGUCCCCUCCAGUCCCGUCCCGUCCCGUCCCGUCCCGUCCCGUCCCCUGCGGGCCGCCGCCGCCCUUCGCUCCAGAGCCGACCCCAUGGCGGCCUCCGCCGGGGCCCCGCCGCAGGCGGAGCGACGGCGCUGGGGCUGGGGCUGGGGCCGUCGGGCCAGCGGGCCGCUGGGGCUCAGCCUCAGCCCCAAGCCUGCCUUCCCCUCGGAGCUGGCCGACGUGAACCCGGUGGCCGGGGCGCUCUAUGCGCCCAUCCCCGCGCCGGGGCCCGGCCCUCCCGCUGCCGCCCCGCCGUCACCGUCGCCAUCCCCGCCGCCCACCGUGAACCUGGACCCGCGCGUGUCCAUCUACAGCGUGUGGCGGCCGCUGCUCACCCGCACCCACAUCCAGGGACGUGUCUACAACUUCCUCGAGAGACCCACGGGCUGGAAGUGCUUCCUGUACCACUUCACGGUCUUCCUCAUUGUUCUGAUCUGCCUCAUCUUCAGCGUGCUCUCCACCAUCGAGCAGUAUGUUACCUUGGCCACCGGGACCCUCUUCUGGAUGGAAAUUGUACUCGUGGUAUUUUUUGGGACGGAGUAUGUGGUUCGUCUGUGGUCAGCGGGGUGCCGCAGCAAGUACGUGGGGAUCUGGGGACGGCUGCGCUUUGCCAGGAAGCCCAUUUCCAUCAUCGACCUCAUUGUGGUUGUGGCCUCCAUGAUUGUCCUCUGUGUGGGCUCCAAGGGGCAGGUCUUUGCAACGUCAGCCAUCAGGGGGAUUCGCUUCCUGCAGAUUCUACGGAUGCUACAUGUCGACCGGCAGGGCGGAACGUGGCGACUGCUGGGCUCGGUGGUCUUCAUCCAUCGGCAGGAGCUGAUAACCACCUUGUAUAUCGGGUUUCUGGGUCUAAUCUUCUCUUCCUACUUCGUAUAUUUGGCGGAAAAGGAUGCUGUGAACGAGUCGGGCCAGAUUGAGUUUGGCAGCUACGCCGAUGCCCUGUGGUGGGGUGUGGUGACCGUCACUACCAUUGGCUAUGGAGACAAGGUGCCGCAGACUUGGAUCGGGAAGACCAUCGCCUCCUGUUUCUCGGUCUUUGCCAUCUCGUUCUUCGCCCUCCCUGCGGGCAUUCUUGGUUCUGGCUUUGCCCUGAAGGUCCAGCAGAAACAGAGACAGAAGCAUUUCAACCGCCAGAUCCCAGCUGCGGCCUCCCUCAUUCAGACGGCUUGGAGAUGCUACGCAGCUGAGAACCCUGAUUCUUCAACGUGGAAAAUUUACAUCCGAAAACCUGCCCGAAAUUAUCACCUGUUGUCACCCAGUCCCAAACCCAAGAAAUCUGUCAUGGUAAAGAAGAAAAAAUUCAAACUGGAGAAGGACAAUGGGGUUGGCACUGGGGACAAAACGUUGACGGUGCCACAUAUCACGUAUGACCACGUAACAGAGGAGAGAAAGUCAGAGCAGUUUUCCAUCGAUGGAUAUGAAAAUUCUGUGAAGAAAAGCCCGUCGUCCCUGGAGGUGAACCCCGGCCGCUUCUUGAGGACCAACAGCUUUGCCGAGGAUCUGGACCUGGAAGGGGAGACCCUGCUGGCGCCGAUCACACACAUCUCCCAGCUGCGGGAACAUCACCGGGCCACCAUUAAGGUUCUCCGUCGCAUGCAGUAUUUUGUGGCCAAGAAGAAAUUCCAGCAAGCAAGGAAGCCUUAUGAUGUCCGCGAUGUCAUUGAGCAGUACUCUCAGGGUCAUCUCAACCUGAUGGUGCGCAUCAAGGAACUCCAGAGAAGGCUGGACCAGUCAAUAGGGAAGCCUUCUCUUUUCAUCUCAGUCUCAGAGAAGAAUAAAGACCGAGGGAAUAACACGAUUGGAGCCCGACUGAACAGGGUGGAAGACAAGGUGAUGCAGAUGGACCAGAAGCUUAACCUCAUCACAGACAUGCUACAUCACCUGGUUGCCUUGCGGCAAGGGGAUCAGAGUGGUGGUGGUGGCGGCGGCGGCGGCGGCGGCGGCGGCGGCGGCGGUGGGAGGCCUGCCCAGAGGUCCAGCUCCGAGAUGUUCCUAGGCAAUAACUCCCUCCCCACCUAUGAACAGCUGACGGUUCCCAGGAGGAUGCCGGAGGAAGCAUCCUGAUGGAGGCCUUCGGGCUCCGGGCCCCCAGGGUGGAGGCGGGCUGGGGGACAUUGUGAAGGAAGAGAACGGAGGUAAUUGACAACCAAAGCCUGCCUCCCCCAUCCUUAUCCCUUCACCCGACUGGAGGACAACAUGGCGGCUGAGAGAUGAGGGUGGCCUCUGCCUGAGGAGAACUCCCCUGCCUGACAGCAAGGGCUGUGGCUCUGGGCACCGUCAGAGCACAGGGCGUCCUAAGGCCCAUGAGUGGGCUGCCCUCACCCAGAGGGGAGCCACAGAAUCAGCAGAGCCUCGUCCAUCUGAAAAGACCCAAACGGCGUGGGCUAGGGCAGAGCAGAGGAUGAGGCUCUCGGGGACCCAAGCUUCUCCUUCCAAAGGAGAGCUGGAAUUCGUCAGUGCCGUGUCAAUGCUCUCACCCUGUUUGUCUCUAUCUCUCACUCUGUCUCUCUCUGAGCCACGGGACAACAGAACCGCAAGAAAGGCUCCCUGAGGCAGGUGGCAGGGGUCCACUGUUUCCCUUGCCUGGCCUGCCCUCUUCUUCCCAUCCCCGGGCCCCAAAGGGAAGGCCACAGCUAGCAAUGCUGCCCUUCUCUGCUUUUCUUCAGGGAAAGCAGAAGGGGCCUAAUCUGAGGAGACUUUUAGACUGUCCUGCUGUGAGGACCAGGAAAGGCCAGCUCCUCUCUGGAGACAAGAACCUUGCUCGUGGCUUCCAGGGGUCUGACGGUCUUCCGAGGAGCCACUGUGAGGGCCUUGUCUCAGAGAGCAAUCGAUAUCUCAUCAAUCCACACAAAUGACAAAAAUACAUGGAAAAUGCCCUCCUGGUAUUCCUCAUGACGGUCUAGCCAAGGGAAUUGGCUUAGCCAGACCUUACCAACCAAAGGUUUCCUGCUGGAGAGAAAGGGCAGAUUGUCCAACCUUCCAUCCCCUUCGGGCUGUGGUCAGGGCUAAACCCUGGGUGGGCCUGGGUGUGCUCUGUGGAGGGCAGUAGCUUUAGAACACGGAGCUCCCAAACCAGCCCUGGGGACCCCUGCCAGCAGCGGCAGGCCUGCGGGGCUUACCAACCGACCGCACACUCACUUCAUGGGGCUGCUUCUCCCCAGCCCAUCCUCCCAGGGCUGACCUGAUCUGGUCUGACAGCUGCACAGUAGAUGCGGUCUAAGGGUAUGGAGACUGAGAGCUGGAAUAGGGAAUAUUUCUGGGCAUUAUGCUUUCUGGCAAUCAAAAUAAUUUUGUGAUGAUUUGGGGGUUGGUUUCUUAAUGAGGGUCACAAUGUAAUUUCAGGAUAUUAAUCUUCCAUUCAUUUCCUAAUAAAUGCAGAGUAUUCUGUGGUU